AUGUGGCCAAUAUCAAAUGUGAAAACUCUUUCAUCAAAGGUCGCUAUAGAUCAGCAAGCACAUAAUCAUGAUAUACUACCAGAGUUUGCAAGAAGCAAUAGAUAUAGGGAGGAACCGACAAGAGAGUACCUCACCGAAGAUUAUGAAAGAUUUGCGAGAGAUAUUGGUUUGAAUUUUUCGAAUCCUGCUACUUUGACUCAGGCGGUCACGCAUAGAUCUUUUGAACAUGGCAACGUACGACAUAUGGAACGGUUAGAAUAUCUCGGACAAUGCGUGAUUCAAACAUUUGCAGCCGAGUUUCUAAUCGACAAAGUGAGUGCCGAACAAUUGCAAACACGAAUCGAGUCGUAUAAAGAUACAUCGAUAGUUGGGACAAUUGGGAAACAAAUAGGAUUAAAUAAGCUGCUCCGUUGGGUCCCUGUUAAUCUCGAAGAAGUAAAGAAAGCCGAAGCAAGCGGAUCGUACGUCAAACCUAUUGGUCAAAAGCAUGUAACUGGACGAGCAAUGUUGGCACUUGUUGGCGCUAUAUACCACGAUCAGGGCGCGUUUGCUGCAAAAAGUUUUUUCCAUCGACAUAUUCUUCCAAGACAUCCGACUGAUCAUAUAUUCGCUGAAAAGCCUUUAUUGCAAUUUGAUAAUUCGAUAUUAUUAAAAACCGACUUGUAA